AUCCAAUCAGAGCUCUAGUAUCCCAACUCAUUAGAUUUAAUCCAACCCUUCUGUGAUUGUUUCAAUUAAUUUCUGUUCCACUACAAUAUUCAUUCUCACUUCCCAAACAAAAUUCUUAAUUCUCUCUAUUCCAAUUUUUUAAAACUUAUUGUCAGUAAAUAUCCAACUGAAAUUCAUCUAAAAAAAUGACUUCGCAUGGUGAUGAAAUCGAAGAAGAACAAAUAUCAAGAAUUGAGAAAGGCAAAGGCACAGAUUGCCAUGGAAGAAUCGAGACGGUCAUAUGUACUUCUCCCAGCAUUGUUUGCCUCACCCAAAAGUUAAUAGCAGAGAUGAUCGGGACGUAUUUCGUGAUAUUUUCUGGAUGUGGAGUGGUGGUAGUGAAUGUGUUGUACGGUGGAACUGUGACGUUCCCGGGAGUAUGUGUGACUUGGGGUCUCAUUGUUAUGGUCAUGAUUUACUCUACCGGUCACAUCUCCGGUGCACAUUUCAAUCCAGCCGUCACCGUCACUUUUGCUGUUUUCCGGCGGUUUCCCUGGUAUCAGGUACCAUUGUACAUAGGUGCACAACUUGCGGGAUCGUUACUAGCGAGUUUGACACUGAGACUAAUGUUCAAAGUCACACCCGUAGCUUACUUCGGUACAACUCCUACUGAUUCGGCAGCACGAGCACUCGUUGCAGAGAUCAUUAUCUCAUUCCUUCUCAUGUUCGUUAUCUCCGGCGUUUCCACUGAUAGUCGUGCUAUCGGAGAAUUAGCUGGAAUUGCCGUAGGAAUGACUAUAAUGUUGAACGUCUUCGUGGCAGGACCUAUUUCGGGAGCAUCAAUGAAUCCAGCAAGAAGUCUAGGACCAGCAAUUGUGAUGGGAGUAUAUAAAGACAUUUGGGUUUACAUUGUUGGUCCAGUUGUGGGAGUUAUGGCGGGAGGUCUUGUAUACAACUUUAUCAGAUUUACAGAUAAACCACUCCGAGAACUCACCAAAAGUGCUUCUUUCCUCCGCAGCGUCUCUCCAAACAACAAUGCUUCUAGUCGCGACGGCGUCGCCAAUUUAACUAAUUACAAUGAACAAGUCAGGACGGGUGAAAUUCAAGAAGAACAAAUAUCAAGAAUGGAGAAAGGCAAAUGCAAAGAUCAUGAAGGAAUCGAGACAGUCAUAUGUACUUCUCCCAGCAUUGUUUGCCUCACCCAAAAGUUGAUAGCAGAGAUGAUCGGAACAUAUUUCCUAAUAUUUUCUGGAUGUGGAGUGGUGGUAGUGAAUGUAUUAUACGGUGGAACUGUGACGUUUCCGGGAGUAUGUGUGACUUGGGGUCUCAUUGUUAUGGUCAUGAUUUACUCUACCGGUCACAUCUCCGGUGCACACUUUAAUCCUGCCGUCACCGUCACUUUUGCUGUUUUCCGACGGUUUCCCUGGUAUCAGGUACCAUUAUAUAUAGGUGCACAAUUUACGGGCUCGUUACUAGCGAGUUUGACAUUGAGGCUAAUGUUCAAAGUUACACCAGAGGCUUACUUCGGAACAAUUCCGGCUGAUUCAUCUGUACGAGCCCUUGUAGCAGAGAUUAUUAUCUCAUUUCUCCUCAUGUUCGUUAUCUCCGGCGUUGCCACUGAUAAUCGCGCGGUGGGAGAAUUAGCUGGAAUUGCGGUGGGAAUGACUAUAAUGUUGAACGUCUUUGUGGCUGGACCAAUUUCCGGAGCAUCGAUGAAUCCAGCAAGAAGUAUAGGACCAGCGAUAGUGAUGGGAGUAUAUACAGGACUUUGGAUUUACAUUGUUGGUCCCGUCGUCGGAAUCAUGGCUGGAGGUUUUGUUUACAACUUAAUCAGAUUUACAGAUAAGCCGCUUAGAGAGCUCACUAGGAGCGGCUCUUUCCUCCGUUCGGUUUCUCCAAAACACAAAGCUUCAUCGAAGAGCUAAUCUUUUGUUCUCAUUUAUUAUCUUAUUUUGUCAAUUUUUCCUCCUGAAUAGUUGUAUACGUUCUUCA